AUGCCCUACGACCUGAAGAAUCGGAACGUGCUCAUUACGGGCGCAUCGGCCGGCCUGGGAGAAGAGCUCAGUAAGGCUUUUGCAAAGGAGGGCGCUAAUAUUGCGGUCAAUUACUGCAAUCGAAUUGAACCGGCGCAGAAAGUGCAGAAAGCGUGUGAAGAGUAUGGAGUUAAGGCGGUGGUGAUUCAGGCCGACUUGACAUUGACGUCGGGCGCCAAACGAGCAGUUCAAGAAACAAUCAAGCAGCUGGGUGGCCUUGAUCUGAUCAUCUCCAACGUGGGCUGGACACGUUUCUCCGACUGGAACGACCUCGAGUCCAUGUCGGAAGAGGAGUGGGACAGAUGCUGGAGUGCCAACGUCAAGGUGCCCAAGGCUUUACUCUCCGAGGCGAGGGCGACAUUCGAGGCCAAUCCUGAUGGUGGCCACUUGAUUACUACGGGAAGCAUUGCGGCCAACAGCCAGGGAGGAAGCAGCAUGCCGUAUGCAGUCACAAAGGCGGCCCAAGUCCAACUCGUCAAGUGUCUUGCCGUGACUGUCGGGCCCAGGAUACGCGUCAAUACCGUUCUGCCCGGCCUGUUGUUGACCGAAUGGGGACUCAAGUACUCGCCAGAACGACUGGUAAAACUCAAGGAGGGAGCCGUGCUCAAACGCGAAACCUUGUUGGACGACUGCGUGGCGGCGUAUAUGAUGCUGGCGAAGAAUUCGAGCAUGACGGGCAUGCGGAUCCAGGUGGACGCUGGGUUCAACAUACAGGGCCAGGGCGUCCAGCGCGUGGGCAUGUGCGCGCCCUGGCUCGACGCCUUUCCCUCGACUGCGAAGCCCAUUCUCGACGAGAUUGACGAGACGCUCCAGGUGCCUCUGACCAGAGUCAUAGAGUCUGGCACCAAUGCCGAGCUGACCAAGACGGAGAACGCGCAGCCCGCCAUCAUGGCCACGUCGAUUCUCAUACUGCGCAUACUGGAAAGGGACUUUGGCUUCACGACGAGCGAGCGCGUCGACUUUACCCUGGGCCAUUCGCUGGGCGAGUUUGCGGCGCUGGUCGCGGGCGGCUACCUCACCUUCCACGAUGCACUCAAGAUGGUGCGCACAAGAGCAGAGGUCAUGACGCGGUGCAGCCAGGAGGCCGUGGCCGAGGAGGGCGGCGAGUUUGGCAUGGUAGCGCUGGUAUGCGAGUCGGAAGAACACAUGCAAGCGCUCAUCAGCGGCAUCCACGAGUUCCUGGCCCUGGGCUCCAAGGCCGACUCGCACGACCAUCUCCCUGCAGUGCAACAAGUCGCCAUCGCCAAUCUCAACUCGAAGAACCAAAUCGUGCUCAGCGGCAGCAUCAUGCGCAUCAGCACGCUGCUCACCAACCUCCGCCAGUUCGGCGGCCACGACCCCAGACACGUCCGCCUGAAAUCCGACGCCCCCUUCCACAGCCUCCUCAUGCAGCCCGCACAGGAAACCAUGAAGCACAUCCUCCACCACCAAUCCCCCGACGGCCGCGACAUCGUCACCUGGCCCGGCAUCCUACCCUGCAUCUCCAACGUCUCGGGCAAGCCCUUUUCCGACAAGGAGCAGCUCAAGGACCUGGUUGCGCGCAGCUGUGUCGAGACGGUCCAGUGGUGGAAGAGCAUAAAGUAUCUGCAUGAAAAGGAAAGGGUUCGGCGCUACGUGGGUAUUGGACCGGGCAAAGUGGGCAGGAAUCUUGUGGGUAAAGAGGUGGGCAUGAAGGGCUCCGUCAAGGGCGGGGGCGUCUGGGGUAUUACGAGUCCAAGGGAAAUGGAGGAGGUGGUUGUCGCUUUGGAUCAGACGGAGAAUGGGGAUGUGGAGUGAUUUAUUCUUCUUCUUCCUCUCUUUUCCCCUUCUUUUCUGGCGAGGGAGAGGAUUUUUCAUUUUUAUUUUUCUUGUUCUCGACUUUGUUACCUCUCUCUCUCUCUCUCUCUCUCUCUC